AUGAGCAUUGACAAAGAUAACGCCGGGGGAGGAUUUUUUCCUGAUCCUGACCAGCCAGCACAAAGUCCUCCCCAAGACUCUUUCGCGUCUGAACCAAGAAUGGAUAUGAUGUCGCAUUCCGUGGAGGAAUCCAGCCAUCAAGAUGAUGCUCUAGGAGGUGGAUUUGUUCCCGAUAAAGCCCCGACUGAAUCAGAUACGUCCGUCCGCGAAAAUGAAGAUUCUGGCGGCGGUUUUACCACCGAUGACCUUCAAGAUGAUGGCUUUGCUAUACCUCCAACGGCCACACGUUCGUUGUCAAGUCCAGAGAAGGCAAAACAUCGUGGCCUUUCAAAUGCCCCCAGAUACGAACUAGUUGUGAUUCCAAACAAUACUGAGCCAGUGGUCAAGGAGAAUACCUUGAAGGCCAACAUCGGUAACCCACAAGGACUUGAGGGAUCAUCUGAGCAAGCUGCCCUUGCUGUUGACUCUUCAACGAACCGUGACUCGAAGUCUGCCAGUGUGGAGUUUCUCUCCAGGCCGCCUUCUCCGCCUGAACCUGAGCCCAAGCCCUCGUCCCCAGUAGAGUCUGAUAGCGAGAUUGAAAAGGGUUCUCUACUAUCAGAGGAUCCUGAGGAUGAGGAUGCAGUUCCAGAUUGGCUCAUGUUUGAUUAG